AUGAGUCAAGACAUAACCGAAUUGAAAGCCUUUAAGGAAGAAGUAACUUCCAACUUGCAAAACCAAGGAGCUGCCAUGCAGAAGCUAGAAAAUCAAAUUAUGUAUUUGUCCAAGCAAACCCCUGGGCCAAGUGUUUCUCAUGCUGCCAAGGCUAUUGCAAGGGAAGAAUGUAAAGCCAUAACCCUCAGAAGUGGAACAAAGCUAAAAGAGAUCUCAAAGGAAACCACAGAGGAUGAAGCAAAGGAAAAUGUGAGAGACAAGGAACAGGGACAAUCCUCUACACCUUCUGCAACAAGAGAAAAAGAAAAAGAGGUCCUGAAGCCUUAUACACCCAAGGCACCAUAUCCUCAACGUUUGAUGAAAAGAGAGAAGGACGGCCAAUUCUCCAGAUUCUUAGAGAUUUUCAAGAAGCUUCAAAUCAACAUUCCUUUUGCUGAGGCAAUGAGCUAUCCAUCAGAAUCACUUCAGGAAUGCAUGAGGGUGGAUGUAGUGGACAUUGCAGUACAAGAAACCUUUGAGGAAACAACAAAGGAAGUGGCAGAGGAGGAGUUCACCAAGGAUAUAGAAGUUAGUGACAUCAAGGCUGUUGAAACAACCAUACCAAGCAUGCUAGAAAGAGUGAAAGAAGAGAAGGAAGCACCAAAACCUGAGCUCAAAGCAUUGCCCCCUAAUCUCAAGUAUGCAUACUUGGACAUAGCAAACUUCAAGGCCACUGGGAGUUUGCCGUUGGAGUUUAACAAGCAUCAAAGGAAGAAAUUGAUAAAUGAUGCCAAAUACUUCAUCUGGGACGAACCAUACUUGUUCAAAAAAUGUUCGGAUGGCAUACUCAGAAGAUGCAUAUCAGAGGAAGAAGGAAGGGAAGUCUUAUGGGACUGCCAUGGUUCCACUUAUGGAGGACACUUUGCAGGAGAAAGAACAGCAGCUAAGGUGUUGCAGUGUGGAUUUUAUUGGCCUACUAUCUUCAAAGAUGCAAAGGAACUAGUGAAGCAUUGCCAUGAAUGCCAGAAGGCGGGGAACCUACUAAAAAGAAAUGAAAUGCCACAACAAUUCAUUCUGGAACUUGAAUUGUUUGAUUUCUGCAACAAACCAUUAGAGGCAUUGCUUCUAAAAUAUGGAGUCAAACACAAGGUAGCCACACCAUACCAUCCACAGACAAGUGGGCAAGCCGAAAUAUCUAACAGGGAACUCAAAAGAAUCCUGGAAAAGACUGUGGGAACUUCAAGGAAGGAUUGGUCGAUUAAGCUAGAUGAUGCCCUUUGGGCAUAUAGGACAGCUUUCAAAACACCAAUUGGAAUGUCUCCUUACCAACUAGUAUAUGGAAAAGCUUGCCAUUUGCCACUGGAGUUGGAACACAAGGCAUUCUGGGCCUUGAAACUCUUGAACUUAGACAGCAAAGCUGCUGGAGAAAGAAGGAUGUUGCAAAUUCAAGAGUUGGAAGAAUUCAGAGCUGAAGCUUAUGAGAAUGCCAAAAUUUACAAAGAAAGAGCAAAGAAGAAGCAUGACAGCAACAUAGCCCCCAGGAAAUUUGAAGAGGGACAAAAAGUAUUGCUCUACAAUUCUAGGCUGAAGCUAUUUCCAGGGAAACUAAAAUCAAGGUGGUCUGGACCAUUCCUUGUCACCAAGGUCUCCCAAUAUGGACAAGUAGAAAUCAUGGAAGAAAAGUCACAACGAACCUUCACUGUGAAUGGUCAAAGACUCAAA